AUGGCAUUCACGCCUUUUACUUUACAAACUCUCAUAAGGAAUAUACCACUUGGUAGUGAUGGUCAACAAAAUACAAAUCAAAAUCCGGGAGGUAUUUUGGGUUGGUCAGGUAGAGAUGGUAAAGGUGGAACUACUAGCUCAAGACUUACAAGUGGCAUUAGUUGGGGAAAUAAAGACAAUAAAGUAGUAAUAGAAGCUGUAGAAGCUUGGGAAAAUAAUUUAUAUAUUGGUACAUCUGAUGGAAAUCUUUUACAUUAUGUUGUUGAUGAUCAAAUAUCACCAGAAACUGGAACACCAUAUGAAUACUUGGUUUCAAAGAAAUUGAUUUUUGGAAAGAGAAUUGUUGAAAAAAUUGUUUUAUUUCCUCAAAUUAUGAAAGCUGUAAUAUUUUAUUCCACUUUAUCAUUUUUUUCAUUGCCUGAAAUGGAAGCUUUACCAGCAACAGAUUUUCCUUUGAUCAAAGGUGUAACAUGUUUCUCUCAUGAUUUAUCAAUGGAGGGAAAAACUGAGAAAGAUGGCAGUGUAAAAAUUUGUGCAAUAAAAAAAAGAUCAAUAAACAUCUUUUCCUUAAAUAAUAAUUGUGUUGAAGAAGAGAAUAUUCAAUUACCAGAUGGUGCAAUUACAGCAUGUCAAUAUGGCCAACAUUUAUUGGUAGCUGAUAAUUAUCAAUAUAAUCUUAUCAAUUUGAGAGCUAAACAUUUGGAUAACUUGAUGCCUUAUAUUGAUAGUAGAAAUGAUCGUAACUCACCAAUUGGAGCUGAUAUAUUUAAACCUAUAGUUACUACUACAAUAGGACAAUUUGUUUUAUCAAAUGGUGAUCCAGUUCGAGGAAUAUUACAAUGGACAAGUUUUCCUCGAGCAAUUGGAGUGGAUUAUCCUUACGUUGUUGCAUUACUUCGUAACAACACUAUAGAAAUUCACAAUAUUAUUGAUCAAAAACUUGUUCAAACUGUUACUUUAAGGACAAAAGCAAAAACAAUUUCAACUGGUCCAGGAAUUAAAGUUCAACCAUCUGAAAUGUACAAAAGAUUAAAAUUAGAAAAUAGAAUUAUUGGCCAAAAUAAAAAAACCCCAAGUGAAUCGGGAAAUUCUAAAGUUAUAAAUAAAGAAAUUGAUAAUAUUAAAUCAAGUUUGAAUGAUAAUAAAAGCGAGAUCAAUACUAUAGAACAGAAUGAACUACUUACAAGUGAGCCUACAAGACUUAUCAUUUCGGGAGUUGAUUCUGUCAUUGCAUUGGCUGCUACUCCUUUGAUUCUCCAGGCUGAUUAUUUGCUUGACUCCAAUCGUUUUGAGGAAGCUUUAUCAUUAGCUGAACAAGCAAUGAACACAACGACCCCAGAAAUUACUCGCAAUAGGAGAAUAAAUUAUGAAAUAAAUUAUAUUUAUCAAAAAUCAGGAUAUAUUUUUCUGGGAGAAACACUUUUAGAUGACGCAUUUUCUUCUUUUGAGAAGGGAAAAACCGAUCCAAGGAUAUUGAUUCAAUUAUUUCCAGAUUUGGAAGAUAUUAUUGGAGAUGAUGAAGUGGUCCAAGUUUUUUCAGGGAUUGGAUCUCUUCUUGACGACUUUGGAAGUUUUGAAGACAUUGAUAUUGAAACAGCAUCAGCAACUCAAGGAUUACGUAAAACCUUAAUCACAAAUGCCAAAGAAAAUUUACAAAAAUAUCUAUCCAAAUAUCGAGAGCAAUUUGAUUUGAAAGCUAUAUCAAAAGACGAAAAAAAAAUUUUACAGGCUGUGGAUAAUGCACUUGUUAGACUUUUUAUAGAAAAUAAUUCAGAUAAAUUAUUAAAUUCGUUAUUAGAAGGGCCAAAUUACUGUGAUUUAGGGCUCAGUGAACAAAUUUUAAUUAAUAAAAAGAAGUCUUAUUCACUUUUAUUACUUUACCAAAAAAAUAAUGAGUUUCAAAAGGCAUUGGAACUUUGGCAUAGUUUAUUGAGUGAAAAGAAUCCUAAAAUAGAUUAUGCAACAGGCUUAGAAAAAAUGGUAGAUUUAUUAGGAAAAUUAGAUGAUAAAGAUUUAGUAAUGAAGUAUGCAAUCAUUAAUGAAUUAAGGAUUGCAGGGUGUAUUGGUUUGAAGAUGUAUCUUGAAUAUUUAGUAACAAAACGUAAAAGUAAGGAAGAAUCACAUCAUACAGAACUUCCUAUAGAAGAUUUAAUAUCACAAGAACGUGUUAAACUGAUAGCGUUUUUACAAACCUCAACUCAAUAUAAUUUAGAUAAAAUUUUAAAUAAAUUAUUAGAAGUUAAAAUAUUGAAAGCGGAAUUGGCAAUCAUUUAUGGCAAAUUGAGUGAACAUGAGAAAGCAUUAAAUUUGUUGAUAAAUGAUUUAAGAGAUUAUAAUGGAGCAGAAAUUUAUUGUAUUUAUGGUGGUAAUAUGAUUGGUAUUAUUAAUAAGUCAUCAAAAAAACAAGCUGAUAAAAUAAUUAAAGAGGAUAAAAAUGUUUUAACUAGGAGAAAAUCUUUAUUUUUAAUGUUAUUGAAUGUUUAUCUUGAAAAUGGAAAUGAAAUGGUUGAUAGGAUAAUAAGUUUAUUAAAUAAGCAAGCAAUCUAUUUAGAUCUUAUUGAGGUCUUGUCUUUAUUACCUGAAUAUUGGUCAAUUGAAAUGUUUAAUGAGUUUUUAGUUAAAUCAAUAAGAAAAGAUUAUCAUGAAUAUAGGGAGGGACAGAUUUUAAAAUCCAUUUGCCAUGCCUAUCAAGAAAUUGGGCCAAUAGUCAUUACGCAAAAUGUAAAAUGUACAAUAUGUGAAGAUUAUAUCAGUGGAUCAGAUUUCUUACGUAAAACAAAUAGUGAUCUUGUUCAUUUAAAAUGUGAAAAUCCCAAUAAUGAAAAUGAUAAUAAUAAUAAUUUACAACAAAAAAAUGGCAAUGAAAAUAAUAAACCAGCAGAUCCAUUAAAUUCUUAA